AUGGCAGCCACCCGCAUCUGGCACGACAAGCUGCAACAGGCCACCGACACCGCCACCCAGGCCACCAAGCUCGAAUUCAACCGCGCCUACUCAGAGGCAUUCGAGGCCUACGUCCGAGCGGGUCAGCUCUACCUCUGGCUCGUGCGCAACCUCCACGACCGCUCACCGCCGCAAAAGAGCGACUCGGAUGCCCACGUCGGCACCAGCAAGGAUGGUGCCGCCCUCCUCUCGUCGUCGUUCCGCUCCUCGCUCUCGCUCGAGCUGAGCGAUGCAGAGAUGCGCGACAGGCUCAAGAGGUCGGCGGCCAAGGUCAUGCAGAGGGCCGAAAAGAUCAAGAGCGCACGCAACGACGUCCGGCCCGUCGACCGGCACGCCCUCAGCUUCGAGGAACAGUCAAACGCCCUCGCCGCCUCGGCCCGCAUCGGUCGCCUCGCCUUUCCGACAUGGACCGAUCCCGCCGACGACGAGUUUGACGCGGGCCCAGGCAUCUACCUCGACUCGGAUCCGCAGCCGGCGCUCUCGCCUACCCAGCUCGAGAACCGAGCCAGCUACAGGCGACCGGGCCGGCGGCGCCGAGAUCAGGGUGCAGCCGAGGGCGAGGGCAACGGCGGUAUCGGUGGGCUCGACGCCGACGGUUUCGGCCGGCCGCUGCGCGGCAGCGACAUCGUCCAGGACGUCGUCACCGACUGCAGCUUCGUCGCCGCGCUCGAGGUGGCCGCCGAGCACGACCGCAGGUGGCGCACCCGGCUGGCGACGGCGGCCCUCUUCCCCAAGGAUCCCACGGGCUCGAUCCGACCCAGCCCAAACGGCAAGUACAUGGCCCGUCUGACGAUCAACGGGACCGCGAGGCGGGUCACGUUCGACGACAGCCUUCCGUGCUACCCCGACGGGACGCUCAUGUGCGCCACGUCGAGGACCGGCCAGCAGACCUGGCCGGCGCUGCUGGAAAAGGCCUACCUCAAAGUCAUGGGCGGCUACGACUUCCUGGGCUCCAACUCGUCCAUCGACCUCCAUGCCCUCACGGGCUGGAUACCCGAGCACGUCUUUCUCCGCCACGCCGGCUUCCAGCGCGAGAAGAUGUGGUGCCGCAUCUCGGAGGCGUGGUCCAAGGGAGAGUGCAUGGUCACGACGGGUACGGGCCACUUUGGCGAGCAAGCCUCGCCGGCGUACGAGGGCCUGGUGCCGAGCCACGACUACGCCGUGCUGGCCCUCAUCGAGAGGUCCGGGCGGCGCUAUGCCCUGCUCAUGAACCCGUGGAGCCGGCCCAUCGGAAAGCGGCCGGGGCUCGCCGUACCCCUCGACGAGGAGCGUGCCAUCCUGGCAGCACAAGCGGGCCACGACGGCCAGACCAGCGACGGUGGCUUCCUCGUGACCUGGGACGACCUCUGCAGCCACUUUGAUUCCAUCUACCUCAACUGGAACCCGGAACGGUUUCGACACCAGCUCUCGAUCCACUCGACCUGGAAGGGGACCGGGGCUACAGCCAACCCGCAGAGCGUCGGGCAGAAUCCGCAGUUCCGCCUGUCGCUCGAGCCCGACGAAAAGGCGGGCGCCGGCGCCGGCGCCGGCAUCGGCAUCGACGCCACGUCGACGACGGACGAGACAGAAGUGUGGCUGCUGCUCGUCCGCCACAUUGAGGGCAAGCAGUCUCUGGCUCCCGACGGCGAGGGCAACUACAUGGCGCUGCACGUCUUUGAGCACGAGGACCGGCAGCACCGCGUCUACAAGCCGCGCGAGUCGAGGCGGCUCGGCUCGUACGUCGACGGCACCCACAACCUGGUCCGCGUCAAGGCGCGGGCGCCCACCAGCAGCGGCGCCGGCAGCACCGCCUACACCGUCAUUGUGUCGCGCCACGGGCCCAGCAGCAACGUCAGCUACUCGCUCUCGGCCUACUCGUCGGCCAGGAUGAGCCUGCGCGAGCUGCCCCACGCCCAUCCCUACCACGAAAAAGUGUCGGGCUCGUGGUCGGGCCGCUCGGCCGGCGGCAACGUGACGCACCCGACGUUUAUGAACAACCCGCAGUACGCCAUCACCAUCUCGCCGCCGCCAUCGUCGUCGUCGUCGUCGUCGUCAUCCGCCGCCGCCAAGCCCGCUGUCUUGUGCAGCACAGCCAUCGGCACUGGCCCGUUGGUGACCACCUCGGCAGGGCCUUUGACGUCGUCCUCUUCUUCUUCUUCGCCGUCGACGCCGGCCACGGUUGAACGGGGCGGCAGCGCCGAAGCAGCGAAGAGCAGCCUGCUCGUGCUCGUCGAGUCGGCGCGCUCGCUGCCGAUCCAGGCGCAGCUGGUGUGGUCGUCGGGCUCGCGCAUCUCGCACUGCGUCGAGGGCGACCUGGCGCUGUCGAGCGGCAUCUACAGCCACGGCAUCGCUGUGGGCGAGAGUACCUCGGUGCAGCCGGGCACGUAUACGCUCGUCGUCUCGACGUUCCAGCCGGGCCAGGUCGGGCCGUUUGUGCUCAGCGUCGAAUGCUCGACGCCCAUCCGGAUCCAGCCGAUUCCGCAGGAGGGCGCAGGCAUGUACGCCCGGACGAUCCGGGGUGGCUGGAGCAAGGCGAGGGGUACCGCUGGCGGACCGCCCAGCUCGGGGGCGUACGAGGCCAAUCCGCGCUACAGGCUCACAGUGUCGCGGCCGAGCACCUUCCUGGCGCGCCUCAAGACGGUGCCUGUCCAGCAGCGUCUCGACGCUACCGCCACCACCGGGCACAGCGGCGGCGAUGGUGACAAGCUUGGUCCAGUCGACGGCGGCGACGAGGCGGGAAGAACAACGACGCGGAUACCCGAGGGCGAGUACGUGCUGGUGGCGAGCACGUACACCAAGGGGUCCGAGGCCGACUUCACCAUCGACGUCUAUCUCGAUCGGCCGAUAGAGUUGGUCCAGAUCCAUGCGUGA